CUCAGCUCCGAGCCUCCGAGCCUUCGCGGGCCGAUCGAGGAUGACUCCCAAAUAAAAUCUCUCUCUCCCUCUCUCUCUCUCUCUCUCUGUCUCUCUGUCUCUGUAAAAGACACAAGACACACUCGGAUGCGGAGCAUAUUUGAAUCCAGUCACCAAUUACUCAGGAAAAUUCGUGGGUUUCCACGGGUAUCAUUAUAAUUGUCAUUAUCCUCGUUUGCAAUUCAAAACAAAAGCAAUAGACAAGUGGAGCUAUGGGUUCGUCUUCAUCCGAAGUUUUUCCAAAAAUGCAGGAAAUCAUGCUGGAGUUUCGUGCUGGUAAAAUGUAUUUUGAGGGGAAAAGGGUUGUCCCUGAUAGUCGCAAAGGGCUUAUUCGCAUAGCAAGGGGGGAGGAAGGCUUGGUCCAUUUUCAGUGGAUUGAUCGGACAAAGAAUAUCGUUGAAGAUGACCAAAUAGUAUUUCCUGAUGAGGCAUUUUUUGAGAAGGUUAAUGUUUCAUCCGGACGGGUGUACAUAUUGAAGUUUGAUAGCGACGACAGGAAGUUCUUUUUUUGGAUGCAGGAGCCUAAUGCAGAUGGUGAUUCACAAUUAUGUAGUGCAGUCAAUUACCACCUCAAUCAACCAAUGGCUUUUCUUGCUGUUAUAGCAGAGUUCCCUGGUGAAGAAGAUCCUGAUCCUUCUGUUCCUUUACAAGUUUCUGAAGAUAUGGUUGAAGAUGAUAUCUCAUCGAGAGCUGGAAACUUGGUAGGCCCAAACUUGGGUGUGGAUGUAACUAGUGAAGUCACCUCUUCAUCUGGACCAGUGAAAUUGGAGGACCUGCAACGAAUUUUGAGUAACAUUGGGCCUGCAGAUAAUGCUGAAGAUUCAGAUGGAGGUGAUAAUUUGCUUUUCCAUUCUCUCACUAUCUCUGGCUUGGGACUGAGAGAUAUUUUGAAACCUGAUUUGAUAAUGCCGUUGAUUGAGACAUUGCCAUUGGAACAGUGUUUAACAUCAUACUUACCUGAGGGUCAAUGGACUCCAGAGGAUAUAUUGGAGUUGCUGCAGAGUCCACCUUUCUGCCAACAAGUGGAUUCAUUUACUUAUGUUCUUCGAACUGGACAGAUAGAUUUGUCUCAGUUUGGUAUUGACCCAAGUAAAUACAAGUUCACUGUUUUAUCUUUUCUCGAGGCACUUGAGGAUUCUGUUUCUGGGACAUCAGAUUCCGAGGAGUCGAGGCAAGACGACAAGGAUUUGAGACCUCAAUCAUGUAAGCGGAGUGACCCUAUGGAUGAGUCCCAAUAGCGGAGGCACUUUUAUGCAUCUUCUGUUAGUUUGUUUUCUCCUUGAUUGAUUUUAGCCAAGUGAGACUUAUCUGCUCACUUACCACCUACAUUUUUCUUCAUGGGAAAAAGGGGCAUGGGUGUUGGGGAAGAAGCAAUGAAAGGUGUUGGUUUUAGUUUGCUUUCAUAACUCCUCUGUACGCAUAUCUAUAAAUCCUCAAGUAUUUUUUUUUUCCAAUAAACAAUUGAAUUAUAUGUUACAUUAAAGUCAUUAUACGCAUGUGACCUUGAAACA